AUGCGGGAGAAGCCUGCAACACUCAAGCUGAGAAGGGGCAGGAAGGUCAAGGGCGAGGGCGGGCACCAGCGCGGUGCAGUGUCCCAGCAGAGCCAUGACACGUCCUCCGUCCUCAUCGUCGGCGACGGCGGCGCGCCAGUGCGCGGGCAGCUGCCGUCGGCAGCAACGGGGGACUCGCGGCGCGCCAAGGGCAUCUCCGAGAGCAUCAUCUACACGCUGCUGCCGCGGCUGAUGGAGAUCGCGCUGCCGAGCUACGACCAGCCGGGCGUGGAGCUGCCCCUGGAGCGCUGCCAGGCGGUCGCAGCUGGCGCAGCCUGUGCUGCGGUGCUCCUCGGGGCCCCCGUCGGCUUCCUCGACUUCCUGCUCUCCGUGCCUUGGCACGAACUGUCCCAGCUCCGCGGGUCCGCCGACGUCGCCGCCCAGCACAGCGGCGGCGUGCUCCUGCCGAUGGGCUCCGCGGGCGGCCGCACGGGCCCCAGCACUGCGGUGCGAGCGGGGGCGCGCGCCGUGGCCAACACGCCGCUGGACCCCGUCCUGGAGACGCCGAUCAUCGAGUUCCUCUUCGCGCCGGAGCGCCGCGCGAUGAUCCCGCCGUCGAUGCAGCUCACGGAGUGGGCCGGGGCCUACGAGACCGACUGGCCGUCGGACAAGAUUGAAAACGCCACCGUGCACGCCAUGCUCGACGGCGCGACGCUGCUGCACUGCGCAGCGAUCCGCGGCAGCGCAGCGCUCGUGCGCCGCGUCCUGCAGUACGGCGGCAACGUCUCCGCGAGGAACACCGCGAACGAGCUCCCGAUCCACUGCGUGCCGAACUGCGAAGGCACGCCGUCGCACGCUGCGAGCGGCGACGCGCUGGCGGGCGACGAGAGGCUCUGCCGGUGCCUCAUGCCGCACAUGCGGCAGUCCACGCCGUGCACGUCCUCCGCGGCCCGCUCCGCGCUGAUGCAGUACGGCGCCACCUGCAUCUCCCUCGGAAUCGUCACGUGGCUCUACAUGCUUGGGGUGAGCAUCGUGGCCGCGCUCGGGUGGUACCAGAUGCGCACGGAGGGCCUGGUGACGCCCGGAGUGUCGUCGCUCGUCCGGCGGCGCCGGAAACUCAAGCGCGCGGAGCACCGGCAGGCCUCGGUCAACUUGCUGGCGUCGAUGCGCGCCGAGGCCACUAAAGGUCUCGCGCACCUGGGGCUGCUCUCCGACGACGCCGCGAAGCGCCUGUGCUGCGGGGACCUCGCGCGUGGGGGCUGCUCGCGCUGCGCGUGCGACGGCGAGCCGCACGCGCCGGGGGAGCCCGUGUGCGGGUGCGGCUCGGGCCGCGUCUGCCUGUGCGGCAUUACGCCCCCCAAGGACGGCGAAGUCGUGGUCAACGCCGAGAAGGCCUUCGCGUGCUUCGUGCGCGCGGUGCACGCCAUGCAGGGCCUCGACCUCCGCGGCGGCACGACGCCGCGCGGCCUCGAGGGGUGCCAACCGUGGCCGGGCGACGUUGGAGCCGGCAUCGAGCCCGCGCUGUUGAUGCCGUUCGGCGGCGCGCACGCGGGGGGUGCGCGGGCCUGCGGGGCGGGCGCGGGCGGCGCGGCGCCGGGGGGGGGGGACUGUUGCGUCGUCCCUAUUGCCGAACAAGCAGAGGUGUACCGGCUGUGGGCGGAGGCCGCGUUCCUCAAGUACAGGGGCUGCGCGUGCGACAGCUGCCGCGAGAUCGCCACGCAGAGCAUCCAGAUGGCGCUGAGCCAGGUGUCGCGGGCGUUCAACGGCGCGGAGGGCGCGGUGAGCAGUGCGCUAGGUCUCCGCGGCACGACCUCCGUGCAGAUGCGCGUCGACGGCGGCGGCGAGGCGCAGGGCUCGAAGCCGACCUCCGGCACGCACACGCGCAAUCAUUCGCGGUCGCUGAGCCGCGGGGCGUACUCGUUUGAUGGGCACGCGUCGGAUGCGCUGGGAUCGUCGCCGCCAGGGCUAGAGAUCCUGGGCGGGCACGACCCCUCCGGGAGCGCCGCGGCGAAGCGGUACCUGACCCAGAUGGUGGUGUCGGCGCCGUUCGGGGACGCGGACGGCCCCCGGAGCGCCACGCACAGUCGCGCGGGCUCGAACGCCUCGCAGGCGGCGGCGGGCGCCGCGCGGGCGGCGGUGCGGCGCGCCGUGACGGUCUGGGAAGGCGAGGACGCGUCGUCCCUGCGGCCGUGCUGCCGCCCUGCGAGCUCCAGCGCGCUCGGCGGGCGCAAGCUCGUUGCGGAGGGCGCGACCGACGCGGCGUCGGCGAAGCUGAUUGUUGGGCUGCCGCAGGAGCUGACGCCCACGGCGGGCCGGUGCUGCGGCGCGGGCGACGCGGAGAUGUCUGCGUGGUGCGGCAUCGGGCUCAACCUGUGCCGCAUCGUCCACGUCAACCUGUUGCUGCUCGGGGAUGGUGUUCCGGCGACGGUGCAGGACCUGCGGGAGGCGCAGGGCGCGCUGUCCGCGUGGGCGCGGCUGCGCGCGCAGGGUAUUGUGGAGGUGUCGGGGCUGGGGGGUGCUGACGUGGCGGCGGGCCUCGAGCGCGCGGCGCGCGUGCAUGCCGCCGACAUUCAAAUCAUCGAGACGCUGACUCAGGAGCCGAUCCCGCCGCGGAAGCCCGUCUGGGACGUUCUUCAGCAGCAGCUCGCGUUCGACGGCGACGGCGCGCCGCACCUGGCGCGCCCUCCGACCGAGGCGUGGCUGGCACGGAUCGCUGCGGCUCUCGACGGCCCCGCCGGCCGCGCAGCCUCGUCGCGCGUCGUGACCCUCGCGCGCAAGGUCGCAGAGAGCGCCGCCGAGCAGAAGCGCGUCAGCGAGCGCCUCCAGGAGCUCCUCGCGACGCGCGGCGUGGCGGCCGCAUCAGCGGCGGAUGCAGGCAGCGACGCCUCCGACGCCGAAGCAUCCUCCACGCGCCGCGGCGGCAGCGCAGCGGCCGUCGCGGAGGCCGAGGGCGCGCUUCGCAGCUGCAUCCAGGACGCCGAGCGCUUCCCUGGCCUCGACGAGCUGGUAGCGCGCGCGCGGCUGCAGCACGCGGCGUGGGAGCGGCGCCGCGAGGCCGUCGAGACGCUCGAGGCCGCGGUGAGCUCCGCGAGCACGUGCGCAGAGCUCCCGCUGCUGCCAGACGCGCACGCGGGGCGCGGGCCGGCGUCCCCGAGCAGUGCAACGUCAUGCGGGCCGUCCGCGUGUAUCGCUGCGCUGGAGGCCGCGCUCGAGCAGGCGAAGGCCGCGGGCCUCGAGGGCGUGCCUCUGGAGGAGGCACGGCGCGUGCUGCGGCACCUGCAGGCGCGGGCGACGGCGGGAGAGCUCUUCGCGUCCCUCGAGACGCUGGCCGCGGCGCCCCGUGCGCUGCCGCGCGGCCCGUCCGCGCUGCGCGAGGCGCUCACGCGCGCCGAGACCGCGCUCAAGUCGUCCCUGCAGGACCACAUCGGCGCGGAGGAGACAGUCUUCCUCCGCGAGCGGUUGCACGCAGCAAGCACGCGGCUCGCCGCCGAGCGCGCGAUCGAGGCGCUGCGGCGGCUUGCGGCGAUGUCGCGCGGGACGGGCGACCUCGCGAAGCUCGAGAGCGCGCUUGCGGCGGUCCGCGCGGCGCGGGGCGCGGCCGAGCUCGACCCAGACACUGUGUCAGCUGCCGAGGCGCUGGUGGCGCGGCUGGCCGAGGCGCGCGACGUGAAGGACGCGCUGGACGCGGCGGUGCGGGAGCUGCUGCGGAAGGACGUGCGCGAGGACACUUCGGCGGCGGAGGAGGCGGUAGAGGCCGCGAUUGAGGAGACGCAGGCGCGGUGCCGGGAGCUGCUCGGGACGGAGGCGGCGCGGGCGGCGGGGGACCUGGCGCGGUGGCGGCGGUCGCAGGCGGCGCAGCGGCGGCUGGACGAGGCGCUGGCGCGGAGCGACUCGUGCAAGGAGCUGGAAGAAGCGAUCUCCGAGGCGUCCGCGGCGGGCGUGAAGGUGUCCUCCGCGCGCCGGCACCUCAAGCUCCUCUCCUCGAUCGACGCCGGCCGCGACGCCCUCGCCCGGCAGGUCACCGCCCUCCGCGUCACCACACUGCGCGACGCGAUCGACGCAGGGGCCACCGGCGGACUCCCGGCCGCCGUCCUCGCCGACGCCCGCGCGGAGCUCGCGGACCGCAUCGCCGCGCACGCGCGCAACGUUCUCCGCGCCGCAGCCAGCGCCUCCGACGACGACGACCGCACCCCGACGAUCGCGGCCCUAGAGAGCGUCGAGGCCAUCCUCGCCGACGAGAGCGACCUGUCCGCGGACGACGGUGCGUCGGACGUGUGCUCCGAGCUCCUCGCGGACGUGCGCGCGGCCAUCGAGGACGCGCGCAGCGUCGAGGAGCGGAGGGAGCAAGUGAAGCAGGAGCGCACGCGGCGGUUGAAGGAAGAGCAGAUGCGCGACGAGCGGCGGCGGCUCGCGCAGAUCUCGAGCACACACGCGGCCGUGGAGGCGUCGCCGCCGCACGGAGCGCGUACGGGGGGGUCGUUGGCGCUGUCAGAGGUCAACUCCCCCGCAGACUCAGCACGCGCGCCGGGGUCCUCGGCGCGCCGGCCGCCGCCGGCGCCCGGGCGCCUGUCGGUCGAUGCGGUCGGGCUCGCGCCCGCGGUCGUCGAUCCAAGCUCGUCGGCGUCGACGCUGCGUGGGUGGCGCAACGUGGUGGCUACGGGCAGCAAACAGGAAGGCUCUCCGGCGCGCGCCGGCGCCGCGGUGCGCGCGGGCGGCGCCAGCGCGACCGAAGAGGCCACGGACUCUGCUUUGCAGUCCCCCACCGCCGCACGCAGCGCUCGCAUGGUCAAACUGUCCCCAGCCAAAGCUGGCAGUGCUGCCGAGGCGGCCUCGCCCGUGCGGCGGAGCUCCGGGACGCUGCUCGACGGCACACCGAGCCCCUCGGGGGGCCGCCUGGGCCGGGCGCGGAAGGACCACCGCACGGUCGUCGCGAUCGACAUCGCCCGGAUGCGCUCUGACGGCACGCCGCCGCCACCCGUGCCGGGAACGCAGGGCUCCGCCGGCAGCGCGGCGCAGGCGCGGAGCGCCGCAGGCUCGAUGUCGACGCCGUCCUCGGCGGGGCGCACGGACGGCGCGGGCGCGACGCCGGCGCACGGCGCCCCAUCGGCAGCCCGCGGGCUCGCGGGGGCGUUCGCCUCCGCGGCGGGGGCCUCCCGGCUGAACGCGGCGCACCCGCGCCCGAGCCUCGACGCGCAGCGCUCGGAGGGCACGCCUGGGUCGCCCGCCGGCUCGUCGAGCUUCCGCAGCGGCUUCGCGCCCGCGGGAACUCCGUUCGGCGCCGCCGCCGCCGCCACCGCCCCGCCGCCGCCGCCCCGCCGCCGCCGCCAGGCGCGCCGCCGGUUCCAGCCAAGUCCGCGUCGGGCGCGUCGGCGGCCGCGCAGCCGCCGCGGGCGGCGUCGAGGCUCCUUGGCGUCAAGAAGGGCCAUCACAGGCGCAACAGCACAUGGACGCAAUUAG